AAAUUCAGCUCCCGUUCGCCAAUCAAAACAAGAAGAAGAAGAAGAAGAAAAUGCGUCCAGUAUGGCUCAGCCAGCAGGUCAUUCAUUUCCGGUUGUUGAAUAAACAGCGCUGACAUCAGAUUUGUGUUGCUUCACGGUUUAUGAGAGGAAGUUCAAGGGUCCGGGUGCAGCCAUGCCCGUCUCCCUGCUGUGGGCAGUGGAUGUGUACGGGAGGGUCUACAGCCUGUCGACGGCAGGGCAGCACUGGGAGCAGUGCCAUAUUGCCCAGACAGAGUUCAAGCGGUUGACAGCGGCUCAGCAGUGCUGCUGGGGCAUCGCCUGCGACAACAACAUCUACCUGAACCUUCACGCUUCUGACCUGCCCGUCCGCUACCAGGAGGAGACCUACGAAAAUCAACGAUGGAAUCCCGUUGAUGGUUUUUCGGAGCACCUGUUGCCAAGCGACCGCUGGCAGUGGAGUGAUGUCACUGGUCUGCAGCAUCAACCUCUGGGCAGCUUUCAGCUUCCCUCCGUCUGGUGGGAGUGGGAGGGCAACUGGUACGUGGAUGAAAACUUUGAGGGAGAGCCCACUGAAAAGGGGGGGUGGACCUAUGCCAUGGACUUCCCUGCCACUUACACCAAAGACAAGAAGUGGAACUCCUGUGUUCGUCGUAGGCGAUGGCUCCGCUACAGGAGGUACCAAGCCAUGGACACCUGGGCUAAGAUCCCCUUGCAUCAGAGCUCCCUACCAGAUCCUUUCAGCGACAUCAGCUGUGGAGGCUGGGAGAUUAGUGAGGAGCCCAGGGGCCAGCUGUCGCUGUGGGCCGUGUCCCUGCAGGGCAAGGUGUGGUUCAGAGAGGGAAUCUGUCACCACAAUCCUGAGGGCUCUGCGUGGGAGGAGGUGCCUCUUCCCGGGGAGGUGGUCCAGAUCAGCUGCGGCCCUGGGGACCUGGUGUGGGCAGUGCUGUGGGAGGGGCAGCUCAUUGUCAGGGAGGGCAUCAGCCGACAUUGCCCCAGAGGUAUAUCCUGGGCAGUGGUGGACUCUCCCAGUCCUGAGGUGGGAGCCAUACAUGUAGCUGUGGGAGUUGAUGUUGUGUGGGCCGUGACAAAGGACAACAAAGUGUGGUUUAGACGUGGCGUGAACUCCCACAACCCCUGUGGCUCCGGCUGGAUUAACAUGGUUGGAGAAAUGAUCAUGGUCAACGUAGGACUCAAUGACCAGGUGUGGGGUAUCAGCUGCCAGGAUCGGGCGGUGUACUUCAGACAGGGUGUGACCUCCAGUGAACUGAGUGGGAAAACCUGGAAGGUUAUCAGUGUUCCCCGAGAUGGAGAUCGAUCCCACUCCCGCACCAGCUCAGACAGCCAGCAGAGUGCAGGAUGUUUCUUCAGUGGUGAGGUGCGUGCACAGUCAGCAGUGAGUGAUGUGGAGUCAGAUGCAGAGGGAGGGACAGCAGAUGGAGCCAGCUGCCUUCUCACCUCUGCCCCAGCAUCCUUUGUUGAAGCCCCCAUAGUCUGCACCUCUGACCAGCCCACUGAUGCACCCAAACCCCGCAUCCCCAAAGUCACCAGUGACAGUUUCAUCUCUGAACUCAUCUCUGAUCGAGAACCAGCUAAGAGCUCAAGAGAUGCUGGCUCUGCCGCUCCUGUCGUUCUGGAGGAGGAGACUGUCCCCAGAGAAGGAGAGUUUAAAGCUCCUUGUGCUGGUCCAGCUCUUUCUCCUAACCAGUGGAGUAACGUGGGCCUGGAGGAGGCACAGAGUCAGCAGGUCCAGCCUGGGGGAGCGCCAGACUCAGCUGACACCUGCAGCUUGUCAUCGGUUGCUGCAUACACUCUGGCCAUGGAUGAUCUGUAUGGGGUGGAUGAGCACCCUGUGUGGGCGUGGGUCAGCGGAGGAGGCUGCUCUGUGGACAGCCAUUCCCAGCUCACCUGGUUCAACUGCUCUAUGAACACUUUAGCUUUAAUCCAGUCGGUCCAGUCCAUGAGUCUGUCUGUCACGCCAGCCCAGACGGCAGCAUGGCGGAGACAAAUCUUUGAGCAACUCAGUGAAAGGACCAAGAGAGAAAUGGAUAAUUUCAGACAUUAUGAGCAGGCCAUAGAACAGUCUGUGUGGGUAAAGAAGGGAACCAUGCAGUGGUGGAGAGACUGGAAGCCACACAAGUGGGUAGAUGUCCAUUUUGCCCUGGAGCAAUUCUCAGGACCAGACGGCAACAAGGACGGCAUCCUUUUCAUUUAUUACAACUUUUAUGAGGAGAAGAAGUACCUGCAUGCCUUUAUCAAUGAGGUAACCAUCCUGGUCCCUGUGCUAAAUGACUCCAAACACACUUUUGCUAUCUACACUCCUGAGCGGACCAAACAGAGGUGGCCAAUCAGAGUGGCAGCAGCCACGGAGCUGGAGAUGCACGACUGGCUGGCAUUGUUGAGUAUGUCAUGCUGUGACUCCAGGGGCAUCCAGGGCCCUCCCUCCAAACAGGCCAUCUGGUCCAUCACUUGUAAAGGAGACAUAUUUGUCAGUGAGCCCUCUCCUCAUCUGGAGGCCUUGCCUUACCCCACACCCUGCGACCAGAUGUUCUGGCGACAAGUUGGAGGGCACCUGCGUAUAGUGGAGUGUAGCAGCAUUGGCAUCGUGUGGGGGAUUGGCUAUGACUACACAGCUUGGGUCUACACCGGGGGCUAUGGAGGGGGCUUCUUCCAGGGCAUGGCCAGCAGCACAGAUUUAAUUUACACACAGACGGAUGUCAAGAGCGUCUACAUCUAUGAGAACCAGAGGUGGAACCCGGUCACCGGCUACACCAGCAGAGGUCUGCCUACAGACCGCUACAUGUGGAGCGACGCAUCAGGACUGCAUGAGCGCACAAAAACAAGCACCAAGGCUUUCUCCCCUCAGUGGACAUGGGUGUCCGAGUGGGCUAUUGACUACAGUGUCUCUGGAGGAACAGACAGAGAAGGCUGGCAGUAUGCCGCUGAUUUUCCGGCGUCAUAUCACGGAUAUAAAACGAUGAAGGACUUUGUGCGCCGCAGACGAUGGGCAAGGAAGUGUAAAUUGACCACUACUGGACCCUGGCAAGAACUCCCACCCAUCCCACUGAGUGACGUGACCAUCCUGCCGUGUGCUGAUCAGAACAGCGUGGACAUGGUUCCUCUGUGGGCCAUCAGCAACAAGGGAGAUGUGCUCUGCCGAUUGGGAGUCACCGCACUGACACCUGGGGGAUCCUCAUGGCUCCAUGUGGGAACAGACCAGCCUUUCAAGUCCAUCUCCAUCGGGGCUGCCAGCCAGGUUUGGGCCAUCGCCAAGGACGGCUCUGCCUUUUACAGAGGAUCUGUCUCUCCAAAGAGCCCUGCAGGAGACUUCUGGUCCCACAUCCCCUCCCCAGCCAAGCAGAAGCUUAAGCAAGUGUCUGUUGGGAGGACAUCAGUCUACACUGUAGAUGAAAAUGGUAACCUGUGGUACCGGCAGGGUGUGACCCCCAGCUACCCUCAGGGAUCCUCCUGGGAACACAUCUCUAAUAAUGUACGGAAAGUCUCUGUAGGGCCUCUGGACCAGGUGUGGAUCAUAGCAGACAAGGUGCAGGGCAGCCACAGUCUGAGCUGUGGGACAGUGUGCCAUCGACUCGGUGUCCAACCCAUGGAGCCUAAAGGACAGUCGUGGGACUACGGCAUCGGGGGUGGAUGGGAUCACAUUACAGUGAGAGGGAAUUCCAUGGAGCCUCCCCGCAUCUGUCUCCCCUCUUUAAUAGAGCCGUCCUUUUCAUGGAGCCCACUCCCUGUCAGGACCACAGAGGCCAACGGCAGUGCUGUGGGAUGUUAGACAUGCAAAAGCACACAAAGGUACAUACAUAUUGUAUGUAGCCAUCCUAAACCAUAUUAGUUGAUUUUUUUAUAUGUUUAAAACCACUUCUUGUAACACUGAAGGAGCGGUGGUGCUAAUUCAGCUCCGAACAUUAGCACACAGGCUUUAGUUUGUGACUGUGACCUUUGAACAAUCUGACAGCUGAAAAUACUGAGGUGAGUCUGUCUGAAGAUGAACUGCAGAUUUUGACUAUCAGUCCUCUUUUGUUUCAGGUAUUACUGUGUAAAUGUUUGGCUUUGCUGUUUGGCUUUUGUCACUAACACUGAAUAUGAUUCUCUUUUUCUUGUUUAUUCAUCAGGGUGUGAUGUUUGUGUGGUUUCUGUGCAUAGAGUACUGCAUGUGAUGUCAAGAUGACCGCGGAAAGGUGAUCAUGUUUUAAAAGGAUUUUAUGAUGUUUUUAUAAAUAAGGAAAAAUAUUGUACCUAAAAUAAGAAAGCACUCUUCUGAAAAAUUAAAAAGCCUUUAUUCAGAUGGCUAACAUGUAGAAGAUUAAAAAUGAUGUAUAUUUCAAGUUGUGGUUACAGCCCACACGUAGCGGCAAAAAAACGCCUUCAGGGUCUAACCUGCAGUUAGACCCUGUUAAGUACAUGUGAGACAAUUGUAAACGUGGUCAUCACGAGGAGCCAAUCAAUGGACAUAGACACAUUAACCCUGCCUAGAGAAGAUGGCUACACAAAGAAACCUCAAACAACAACAUACAGCCAUAAACAUUACAUGGGCUGCAACAAAUAUACAAAGAGAAACCUUUCCCCACAGCAAUAUAAAUAUACAAAGAAUAAUUAAUAGACAUUUAGAGAAAAGGACUACAAGCAAUGUCAUCAUUCAGUCCUGGAUAUGUAGCCCUCAGUUGUCUGAAGCAGCAACUUCAAGCACUCACCACCCUGAAAGCUCUUAUUUAUAGUGUCUAAACCUUCAGCCUUAAGGAUUAUAAGGAUUUUGAUGUGUGAUAUAGUCUGUUAAUGUCAUGACUGUUCAGUAGUUGGCAUUGUAAAUAAGGAAAAAUAAAAAGUGUGCAGUACUUGUAAAAAUUUUGUGGUUGAAAUGCUAAAACUGAACCUUCCUCUUUCUCAGGAGAUUGCUUGCAUUUGCAUGCUAUCUACUUCCUUUGGACUAAUGGUAGUAUAAUGACUAAGCAGUAAAAAAAAAACAGCUAUAAAAACACUAUUUUUUGUUAAGAUAUCAAUAUUACACAGUAAGUGUAGUGGCUGUUUUUAGAUGGAAAAUGUUUGUAUAAAGAACAAGCAGUUUAUAUAUAGCUUUGCAUUAAAUCAUACACACUGAGUUAAUGGCUGCCCAGUUUCAUCCAUAUUAAAUAGGAUGCAACAUUUGUACAUGUUCGAAGUAUACAUAAAUCUGUAUGUAUCUGUGAAUAACAUCAUACUGUGUCGUGUUAUCAGUGCUGCUGAUAUUGUGGGCUACAUUUCUCGAGUGUGGUGCAUGAUCAAAACAAGAGUCCCAG